AGUUCAGUGCCAUCCCUGUGAUUUUUUUAACCUCACCAUCAACCUUCUGCACUUGAGACUUAUUCCCUCCAUUUUACAGAUGAGAAGGAUGAGGCACAGAGCGUUGGAGGGAUUCGGCCAAGGUUACACCACAUUCACAGAUGUGCACCGGGCUCUUUUUGCAACCAGGGUUCAUCCAAAGUUGACAUUGACGUUGGCCAUGUGCACUUGGACGGUGGAAAGGUGGCUGGACUCAGCCCAGCCUCGCUAGCUAGCCACAGACUCAUGACGUACCCACCCUGGUUAGGGACUGGCUUCACCUCGUUCCCUUAGUCCUAGUGAGACCAAGCUGAAAACCUUGCCUUCUAUUUUACUUGUCCAGGAAAAGUACUGCAUUACCAUGCUAAUCAACCCCCCCAAACAACACUAACUCUGUUUAGUUCUAAAUAAGAACAAAAGAACCUUUGGAGUCUGGAGUACAGAACCAGAGAAAUCAGGAAAUUCAGGGUUCAGCUCUCCUCUGGGCCUCUUGGGUAGGUCUGUCAGAGUCCAAGAGGCAGCAGAGCCCCUCUGGCCAGCCCUUCCUUGACAGUGGGCAGGACUGCCAUGAUGCCCUUAAAAAGUCCCUCAGCAUCUUCUUGGGAACACACUGGCUCCUCAGAGCUGUCCAGGGCUCUCUCUUCUGUAGCCCUCUUGCUUAGGGUCAUUUGCAUGAGAACAGAUUCCUUUGUGCACAGUUGGCCUGCCUGUUGUCUGUCCAUGUUCAGAGUCCCUCAAGUCUUUGGGUUGGGUUGCUAGGCAGAUAUGACCCUGGCUUGCAAAUAAGCUCACUGCAUUUACCAGCCUGUGAGAACUUCAACUUGGGUGGUCCCUGCGUCAAACUCACCUGGAUGUCCUGUGCCCGCUGUGGAUGCGUCUCCUGGCAGAAGAGAUAUUCCCGACAGCAGGGUCUGGCUGGAGGGCUGCAAGCUUAAAGAAAGAACGAAGCUUUUUUAACGAUCAGCCAUCAGCCUUGCCCCCGGCGCUGGGGUGUUCGAGCAGAGGUGUUCUUUGCAACCAGGAGUGGAGACGCCCGCCUGGAGGAAGAUUCCCAAGUUCAAGGCUGACCUGGGCAGUUUAGCACGACCCUGUGAAAUAACAAGAAACUUUACAGAAACCUCAACCAUCUGGAACUCAGAAGCUCAUUCGGGGCUGACUGCAGCUUCUAGAACAUCCAGGUGUUCUGCAGAUGCGAGAAUUUGUCCUGUUUGUCACCAGAUGGAGUCCCAAACAGAUGCAGGGCUUGUGCUGCAGCUCUGACAUCCCUGGAUACAGAGGGGUCACUUGCAGAGUGGCCAGAGAGCCCUCAUUGACACCGACACAUCCAGUCAGCUUCGUUAAGCUGCCGUGGGAAACGUCUCCUCUAGUGAGUCAAGCCAAGUGAGGGGCUGCCAGUUUCCUGACUCCCUUGAAUUAGGAUUCCAGAUGGGGGCCUAAGUUCUAGGCCCACCACCACCACCACCACUGACUGCCACCAGUAUGUUCUCGCAAACUCUACUCCCGAGGGACCUGCCGAAUUAAAAGUGAGCAGAUAGGAAGCGCCCGGAAAAGUCUCUCCUGGUGGCCUGCCGUCAUUACAGACAACAGGAAUCUUCCUCUUGUCACCAUGGGCUGGCUUUUUCUAAAGGUUUUGUUGGUGGGAGUAAGUUUCUCUGGAUUUCUUUAUCCCCUCAUGGAUUUUUGCCUCCGUGGGAAAACAACAAGCCAGAAACCGAAUAUUGUGAUCAUUUUGGCCGAUGACAUGGGGUGGGGUGACCUAGGAGCAAACUGGGCGGAAACAAUGGACACUGCCAACCUUGAUAAGAUGGCUUCAGAAGGAAUGAGGUUUGUGGACUUCCAUGCAGCCGCCUCCACCUGCUCGCCCUCCCGGGCCUCCCUGCUCACCGGACGGCUGGGCCUUCGCAAUGGGGUCACGCACAACUUUGCAGUCACCUCUGUGGGGGGCCUUCCGCUCAACGAGACCACCUUGGCGGAGGUGCUGCGACAGGCUGGCUACGUCACGGGGAUGAUCGGCAAGUGGCAUCUCGGGCACCACGGCUCUUAUCACCCCAGCUUCCGUGGUUUUGACUACUAUUUUGGGAUUCCAUACAGCCAUGAUAUGGGCUGCACUGAUGCCCCAGGCCUCAACCACCCUCCCUGUCCAGCAUGUCCACCCGGCCGUGGCCCCUCGAGGAGCCUUGGAAGGGACUGCUACACAGACCUCGCCCUGCCUCUCUACGAAAACCUCCACAUCGUGGAACAGCCCGUGAACCUGAGCAGCCUGGCGCAGAGGUACGCGGAGAAGGCGACCCAGUUCAUCCAGCAGGCCAGUGCCAGCGGGAGGCCCUUCCUGCUCUACGUGGGCCUGGCGCACAUGCAUGUGCCCUUGGCUGGGCCCAGGCCGUGGGCCAACCCGUGGGGCCGAAGCCCGUACUGCGCAGGUCUCCGGGAGAUGGACAGUCUGGUGGGUCGGAUCAAGGACGAAGUCGACCACACGGCGAAAGAAAACACGUUCCUCUGGUUUACAGGAGACAAUGGCCCGUGGGCUCAGAAGUGUGAACUGGCGGGCAGCGUGGGUCCCUUCACUGGACUGUGGCAAGCCCGUCAAGGGGGAAGCCCAGCCAAGCAGACCACCUGGGAAGGUGGGCACCGGGUCCCCGCGCUGGCUUACUGGCCUGGCAGAGUCCCAGCCAACGUCACCAGUACUGCCUUGUUAAGCGUGCUGGACAUUUUUCCCACUGUGGUGGCCCUGGCUCAGGCCAGCUUGCCCCAAGGCCGGCACUUUGAUGGACUGGAUGCCUCUGAGGUGCUCUUGGGCAGGUCACAGAUGGGGCACGAGGUGCUGUUCCACCCCAACAGCGGUGCGGCCGGAGAGCCUGGAGCCCUGCAGACUGUCCGCCUGGGGCGGUACAAGGCCUUCUACGUCACUGGUGGAGCCAGAGCUUGUGACGGAAGCACCGGGCCUGAGCAGCAACACCGGCUCCCUCUCAUUUUUGAUCUCCAAGACGACGUUGCGGAAGGCGUUCCUCUACCAAGAGGGGGUGCCGAGUACCAGGCCGUGCUGCCCAAGGUCAGGAAGGUCCUUGCAGACGUCUUUCAAGACAUUGCCAAUGACAACGUCUCCAGAGCCGACUACACACAGGAUCCUUCAGUAAUUCCCUGUUGUAAUCCCUACCAAGUCGCCUGCCGCUGCCAAACCGAGUAACAGGCCAGUUUUUCCACUGGAGGGAUGACCAGAAAUCAGACGGGCAGGUUCACUUUCAAACUUGCUUUGCCUUCUUUACCAACAUAUGCUGUAAAAACAAGUCUCCGAGUUUUGGCUGGGGGCCACCACUGGGCACCCCCGCUUUGCAUACUGUCCCUUCUCCAUGCCAUCUUGAGAGACACAGCUGAGCUGAGCUGGCUUGGGGGCAGUGAGCAUGGCGCAGUGGAAUGCUCCCUGGCUUCAGAGUCGGGCACAGGUUCUGAACUUGGGCACUUAUUUAACCUCACUUGCAAGUUGAUUUUGAAGGUUAAGUAAGGCAGUUCCUGAAAAUGCCUCGUGUGUUACCCGACACAGAGCAGAGACCUGGUGUGUUUUAGUUUCCUCUUCAUUUUAGAUAGACUGAUUCCAACCAGUAUGUGUAGACCUUCUCCAUCUUUAUGUAUUUUUCUUUUGUGGUGCUGGGGAUUGAACCCAGGACCUCAUGCGUGCCAGGCUACCACUGAGCUGCACCCCAGUUAUUCCAUGUAUAAUAAACAUACAAAUCACCUGGGAUCUUGUGCAAAUGCAGAUUCUGGCUCAGUAGGUCUGGGGGUGCCUGCGAGCUCCAUGGGAUGCUUCAAGAAGCAGGAUCUGGACUAGAUGAAGUCAGGCUCCUUCCAGGUCUCGGAGCACAAGAGUCGAUGGCUAAGCCCAUGACCCUUCCUCCUUUUCCCCCUUUAAAGGUCAAAUGAGUGUACUCUAAAGAUUUUAGGAGUUCUUCCUGAACCCUGAAGCCCCCAAGAAUAAAGUUUAAGAAAACUCAAAAAUGCAUUGCCAUGAUUUUAUUAUUA